AUGUCGCGCGCAAUUGACACGGUGGCCCAGCCAGGCGAGAAGAAAAAGAUGCGGCUCAUUGUCGCCAGCUGCAGCAGAACCGGUACCUUGGGCCUCCAUCAAGCACUGGAGAUGCUGGGCUAUACGCCCUACCACAUGAUCGACGUCAUGUACAAGGGAAAGAAGCCCCAUAUGAAGGUCUUUAGUGAGGGCAUCAUGGCCCACCACAAUCGCUUCUCGGGGAUCAAGCGGUAUGAAACCGCCGAUCUGGAGAAGUGGAUGAGCGAAUACGAUUGCCUACUGGAGAUCCCAAGCUACGUUGGCCCGAGAGCCCUCGAGGGGUAUGCGGCCGAUCCGGACGUUAAAUUCAUCGUGACCGAGCGGUCCCCAGUCAAAUGGGCCAAAUCAAUCAACAACACCAUUGGUGCAGCUAUUGUGCUGGGUUCCAAAUUCCCCAUGAACAUCCUGCGGCGGGUUGACUCCGAGCUUGGGGAAUUCUGGCACCUCGCGGACUUGAUGUAUUGGGCCUACUCCGACUCGACGAACCCGGGAGACCCUGACAAUGAGGAGAUCCUUGCCAGGAACUACGUGGAGUACAUCGACACCAUCAAGCAGAAGCUGCCCAAGGAUAGACUCCUCGUUGUCAAGCUCGAAGAUGGUCUCGGCUGGGAACAGAUUUGUCCGUUCUUAAAACUGCCCAUCCCAGAGCAGGAAUAUCCCCGUGGUAACGAGCCUGAUACGUUCAAGAAGAUCGUUGAGGGCUACCUCCAGCCGAGAGUUACGGCGGCCAUGCUGAAACUUGGCACAGUGAUGACUACGGUUGGAGUCGCUGGCUUUUUGGGAUGGAGAUACUUCCGGUGA